AUGGUUGUUGACUUGGAUACUAUGCGCGCGUCCGUAACGCGUCAAGGGGAGCAGGUGCGAAAACUUAAGCAGGAAGGUGCAGCAGCUGAAACUGUUAAGGCGGCAGUGGACGAGUUAAAAAAGCUCAAACUUGAAUUAGAAACACAGUCAGCUCUCCAAGGCCCCGCUGAGGAUGGACUGAGCAAGAGCGACAAGAAAGCGUUGGACGACUUGUUGCUACGCAAGAUGUUUGUGGUACCAAGCUUUGAGAUUUAUGGUGGUGUGGGUGGCUUCUAUGAUUUUGGGCCACCUGCUUGUGCGCUUAAGAGCAAUCUAUUGCAGCUCUGGCGUCGCCACUUUGUCUUUUUCGACAAACUUUUAGAGGUUGAGUGUACAAAUCUGAUGCCUGAAGUGGUACUGAAAACAUCAGGCCACGUUGAUCGCUUUACGGAUCUCAUGGUGAAGUGUACCAAGUCUGGUGAGUGCUACCGAGCGGACAAGUUACUUGAGGACCACGUCGAAAAUUUCUUAGACAAGCAUCCUGACCUGAGUCAAGAAGAGCGGGAGAAGCACGAAAUGCACGCCACGAUGGCCGAAUCGUACUCGCCAGAAGAGAUUCACGCUGUAUUUCAAGAGUAUGCCAUCAAAGCACCAGGCACCGGUGCGGACCUGAGUUUCCCCGUUCCAUUUAACCUUAUGUUUAAGUGUGCGAUUGGUCCAGAAGGUGGCUUGGUUGGCUACUUGCGUCCUGAGACCGCUCAAGGAAUAUUCCUCAAUUUUCGCCGUUUGCUCGAGUACAAUGCUGGCAAAGUACCUUUUGGCUGUGCUCAGAUUGGUAGUGCAUUUCGAAAUGAGAUAUCGCCCCGCGCCGGUCUUCUACGUGUGCGUGAGUUUCAACAGGCUGAAAUUGAGUUUUUUGUGAAUCCAAGAGACAAGAGCCACGCUAAAUUUUCGACUGUCAGAGAUUUAAAGCUGCCUUUACUCACGAAGGACAAUCAGCUUACUCAUGGAAAAGCCGUGCAAAUGACAUGUGGCGCUGCUGUGGAGCAGAAUAUCAUCAAUAAUGAAAGUUUGGCGUACUAUCUUGCGCGUACGUACACUUUUUGCGAAGCUAUUGGUAUUGACAUGAACCGCUUGCGCUUCCGUCAACAUUUAAGCACUGAGAUGGCUCACUAUGCUACGGACUGCUGGGAUCUGGAAAUUAAGCUGAGCUCCGGCUGGGUUGAGUGUGCAGGCCACGCUGACCGCUCGUGCUACGAUUUGUCGGUACAUGCAAAGAAGAGCAAGGUCGAGAUGCUAGGCACACACAAAUUUGAUACGCCUGAAAAGCGCCAGAUUGUGGAAAUCAAAUCCAAUAAGGGCAAGAUGGGUCGCACUUUCAAGGCUGACGUGGCCAUAAUUCUUGAGGCACUUGAGUCGCUUAAACACGAUGUGUUAUGCGCACAGGCUUUCGAAGAUGAUUUGGCUUCCAAAGGCGAAGCGACGCUUGGCCCGCUAUGCGAUGGUAAGCAGUAUAUGUUGCAGCGUGAUAUGGUUAGUAUCAAAGUGGUGGAAAAGAUGGUGAGCGAGGAAAAGGCUCGAGCCGACAACCAUGAUGACCAUGGUCAGCUGGUGUCUUGUCCAGCUGAGCCACAUGGCAAAUCCUAUACUUUGAUGGAGCGAUUUUAA